CUUUUGCUUUGAGAGCCGAGAGCGGUGGGAGCGCAGCUGGGCACCGUGGGUCUGCCAAGCUUCUUCGAAGGAGGGUCUGCAGUGCCCAGCGUGGGUACAGACUGGCACUGGGCUGCCCACUGCUUCAGCUGGCAAUGAUGGAUUUCCACGUGGGAUCUCACCUCGUCCAGCACUGCCAGCAACUGCACUGACAUCGGGCAGCCUCUGAGAACACAGCAGCACAGCUCGGACCAAUGCACAAAGCUCCUGGCCAAGGGCAUGGGGCAGUUGGGUCUCUGAGCCUCACUCACCAGCACUGGUGGUGGAGGGCCUUAAACCUUUUGAUUUCAGCCUCAGGUCAACACAGUGAGGAUGAUGUCACCGCAUUGGAGCAUCGACCCCACACACCAACACGGCCACAGCAGCAAAAUUCAUGAAGAGCAAAGGCAGAUGGUGCCUGGAAGGAGGGGAAGCAAAGUUUUGGGGCAGGGGCAGCACUGAGCUCGCAGACCCCGACACACACUAGGAUUGGGGCACUGGGGCCAUGGAGAACAGCUCCAACUGCUCCGCCAGCACUGACCUGAAGCUCUACUACGCCAUCACAUACGCAUUCAUCCUCAUCCCUGGACUCAUAGGAAACGUGUUGGCUUUGUGGGUUUUCUAUGGCUACAUGAAAGAGACGAAAAGGGCUGUGAUAUUUAUGAUCAACUUGGCCAUCGCCGACUUAUCACAAGUUUUAUCCUUACCCCUGAGGAUUUUCUACUACUUGACCAAAACGUGGAAGUUUGGAGGAGGCCUCUGCAUGUUCUGCUUCUACCUGAAGUACGUCAACAUGUACGCCAGCAUCUACUUCCUGGUGUGCAUCAGCGUGCGCCGCUUCUUGUUCCUGAUGUACCCCUUCCGAUUCACGGACUGCAAGCGUGUCUGCGAUGUGUACAUCAGCAUCGUGGGCUGGGUGGUGGUGUGCAUUGGCUGCCUGCCUUUCCCCUUGCUGAGGCUCACUCAGAACACCACCAACGAGUGCUUUGUGGACCUGCCCGUGCAGGAGGUGGACCUUCCCACCUCCAUCAUCAUGAUGACCAUCGGGGAGCUGGUGGGCUUCGUGACGCCCCUGCUGAUCAUCCUGUACUGCUCCUGGAAGACGGCCUUAUCGCUGAAGGAAAGGAACUCUGCUUCACCAGACCUCGGGGAGAAAAAAAAGGCUCUCAAGAUGAUUCUCACCUGCGCUCUCGUAUUUCUGAUCUGCUUCGCGCCUUACCACAUCAGCUUCCCCCUGGAUUUCUUUGUCAAAACCAAAAAGAUUAAGAACUGCUGCACCCAGAAGGUGAUCUCAGUGUUCCACGCUGUUGCCCUGUGUCUCGCCAGCCUCAACUCCUGCGUGGACCCAAUCCUCUACUACUUCACCACGGAUGAGUUCCGCAGGCGGCUGUCCCGGCAGGACGCGCUGCAGGACAGCAUCCCUCUGAAUGCUCCUAGCCAGCAGUACGCCCAGAGCACACUGCAGGACAAGCCCACUGAUUGCUAGCACAGCGCCCGUGGUUUUGGGGUUUGACCAAUGAUUUCAGGAAGGAUUUGAGCUUUAGGAAAAAAAAGCCAAGCUUGAAAAAGCCAUCGCGCUUUAAUAUUUUGGUUGAAGAUUUGCCCUGUAUAAAUAACCACGUGUGGUUCCCCAUUCCAGAGCUGGGCAGCCAGGAGCAGGACACAGAGCCAUGCCACCUGGCCAUGUUACGAUCACACCAGCACCACGCAAGGGGCAGCAGAGAUUUGGGGGUUUCCCUAUGCAGAAUUUGGUCCUAAAAGUGAGCAUAUGGCCUAGAGGCAUAUUCUCCUGAAGCAAAAGGUCACGGAGCAGUGCAGCUCACUUCCAUACGGUGCCCAGAGCCCACCUCACUCCAUGCUGACUACAUACAGGAGCUUAACAGCCUUGCUGUGCCAACAGUUACUCAGGCAUCUUUUCUGGGGGUGCACCAGAUGACAGUUCCCCAAAUUGCAAUGCCACUCAAGUGCCCACACACUAUUUUUCUACCCUCGUUUUGUUCUACCACCAGUUAUUUUUCUAGCAUCAGUUUAUUAAUAAGUAGCAGAACACCACCAGCAAAGCCCAAAGCCCUCUUUGUUGCCUGUGACAAGCUUUAAGCAUGGACUCCUGCUUCGAGGGUAUUCAUUCAGGCUCCAGCAAGCCUCCCGGGUCCCUUUUUCCCCUCAAGAAUGGCACAUGUGGCUCUGCAGCACUGCGCUCCCAUCAGCACAGCACUGAGCUCACCCCGAGCCCAGGAUCCAACCACUGCAAUAUCUGAGCAACUUCCUGUAACCUUACACAGGCCAACUUGUGAAGUUCAGGCCCUUAACCCCAGCUUGGCUGAGAUGCUGUCAGAGGAACCAAAGCUGUCUGAAGCUGAAAGCAAUGGAAUCCACUCUUUGUCAAGGCACGUAAGAGGCACAGAGACUUAUAAAGACAUCUUCAAGGCUGGGUGGAUUUCUAAUGGUCAUUACUUCCAAAAAAUCAAGCAACAGCAGCUUCGUGCUCAUCUGGCAUUUUGUUUGCACCUUCUUGUAAAAUUGUUACGGGAAUAUUUGAAACGUUACGUUUUGGAAAUGUAAAAAUACUGUGACGAUAUGAAAACUUAAUUUAAUGCUAAGGCUGUUUUGUAGAUUUAACUUAUGAAAACAUAAAUAUUUCAUAGAAAAAUGACGUGAAUCCCAUUUCUUUGUU